AUGUCCACCGUCUCUUCGUCCUCUCGGGUCUCUACUGCAUCAGCAGCAAGCUCGCUCGGAUGGCGCGCUCAUGAAGGCCCUUCAUGCACUGCCUUCCACGACUCGGACGAGGACAACACCGCGCACUCGCAGUCACUAACCACCAGUCCCCAGACGUUGCAUGGACUAAUUGGGGCCGCCUCUGACUCCUCGCACGGGAGUGUCCCUUCGUUCAGCGCCCUUACGGACUACUCACCAGUGUCGUCCACAAUGGCAGAGCAGCACCAAGCGCUCCGUGCCAUCGCAGACAUCACAGCCUCGCCCGAGUUCCAGAGCGUCUGCGACAAUUUCGCCGCCGACUUCGACGCGUACGCGGACCAGCCGCUGUUUGACGACUACGACUACGAGUACUCCCCUGAGCCAGAGCUCGGGCACGACGUAUACGACUCCCCCAGCCCCCACGACACGCCGUACACGCCGUUCCUGACGACGCCGCGCCUCGCGAUGGAGGCCGACUUCGGCGCCGCCUACACUGUCGAGGAGAAUGAGCUGGCGGGGCAGCUGUCGGCGCUCCCCGACGACUCAGACGCCAGCGAGGCGGGGCCCGUCAACGAAAAGCUGUCGGCGCCUCCCAACUUGGACAAGCUCCUCGUUUUCAGCCCCAGCUCGCCGAUGCUGCACUCGUUCAACACGGCACCCAUCAUGCCCCCACCCCCUCAGGCUGCUUACACCGUUGAGGAGAACGAGCUGGCAGGGCAGCUGUUGGCGCUUCCCGAUGACUACAGCCGAGGCGGGUCCCAACAACGAAAAGCUGUCCGCGCCUCCUAA